GCAAGAAAAACAAAAGCUAACAAAAGUUUCGCGCUGCGUUGUUCUAUUUUGUAUAAAUUACGUGUUUUUUUAUUUUUUUGUUCAGUGAGUGAAUGAGUGUAAGUGAUAGUGUGAUAAGGUGUACAAAUGGAGCAAGAUAACGUUGCUGGUGUUGCUGCUGCUGACGAAUUGCCAGCGGCGUCUCAAAUUGUGGAGGCACAGCCAAAUGCCGGCUACGAUUAUGAGGCGCAAUUCGCGGGCAAACAGCUGUGUGAGUUUUGCUCCACACAAGAGUGCACCUGUGGCUGCCCCCAGCUCGAGGCACAGCCGCUGUUGAACAACACCCAAUUGCUUAACUUCGAGGUGCGUAGCCGCAACAUCGACUGGCGACGAUAUGUCCGUCCCCUCGACACUCAGGUGCGUGGCUCGAGUGUCUAUCUGGACGCGCACAUGGAUCUGCUGAGCGGACAUCGGCGCAAGGUGAACGCGGAGAAUCAACGCGAACUUCUUGUCUGUCACGACAUGAUGGGCAACUAUCUGGCCGAUCGUCACUAUCACAGCUCGCAAAAGUACGACGAUUAUCGUUUUGUGCACUGGUCGGCUGUCGAUUAUUUCUGCUACUUCAGUCACAACUACGUCACGAUUCCGCCCAGCGGUUGGCUCAAUGCCGCCCAUCGUCACGGUGUCCCAGUGCUGGGAACCUACAUAGUGGAAGGAUCCGCGGGCAACCAGCUGCUGGAGGAACUCCUGGCCAGCCAUGAGAGUGUGUACCGCGCUGUUGCGGCCCUCACGCGGCUAUGUCUGCACUUUUGCUUCGAGGGCUGGCUCAUCAAUGUGGAGCACACAGUGCGCGAGAGCUAUAUGCCCAAACUAUACCUGUUUGUGGACGAGCUGCGUCGCGCGACCGAAGCCCAGGUGCCGCAUGGUCGGGUCUUCUGGUACGACAGCAUCAUUGAGAGCGGCAACCUGCGUUGGCAGAACGAGCUGAAUGCACGGAACGUGCAAUUCUUUCGCCACAGCAAACGCAUGCUGAUCAACUACACGUGGAACGAUACAAAUCUCACCACAAGCGAGUUGACAGUCGUCGGAGAGGCGAAGCCUAAGCAACGUGUCUUCAUGGGCCUCGAUGUGUUUGGACGCAAUCAGUUGGCCGGAUUUCAGAGUGCACAGACGCUGGCACGGGUUGCCAGUCGUGGCUUCUCCGCCGGGAUCUUUGCCCCCGCCUGGUGCUACGAGACGUUGCAACAAUUCGGCUACGACAUACGCAACGAGGCCGGCGACGCUGACUUCAAUGCGGCCUUCUUGCAACGCAACGAGAAAUGGUGGUCGAGCAUUUGGCAAUUGCUUGCAACGCAUCCGUAUCGCCGUCUGCCCUUCUACACCGAUUUUGGCGUUGGCUCCGGAUGUGGCGACUAUGUGCGUGGCACGCGUCAUCUGCGGAGCAAGGCCUACUUCAAUUUGGCGCGUCAAUCGCUGCAGCCGUCGGUGCCGUUGCAUCGCAAUGCGGAGCACAGUUUUGAUACCGCUUUCGUAGGCGGCUCCGCUUUGCGUGUCCUCAACUUUGAGCGCGCCUUUCGACUGUUUCUCACCGACUUUGAGCUGCCGCUGGGCGUGCUACUCUUGGGCUAUGCCUACAAGUUGACCUCAGAGCCGGAGCAUCAGCAGCUGGACAUUGUGUUGCGCUUGUGUCCGUUGCGUGGCCAAGGGCAGCAGCAAAGCUUGUAUCUGUUCUGCGGCGAUUAUGCGGAACACAUCAUCACGCCGGGUCGCUGCUAUUUGCAACCUAUCAACGGCGUCAUUCCGGGGCAUCUGCUGCCCCAACAGCUGCCAGCGGAGCAUGGAUUGCUCGGCGAGGGUUGGCGUGUGCGCUACUAUGUGGCACGCUUCGAUGGACCGGUGCGAGUUCUGGACAUUGGCCUCAAGUGUCGACGGGAGACGAAGAUGGAAACGGAAACGGAAACGGAAACAGAAACAGAAACCCAGUCGGAGGCGUAUUUGGGCGCCAUCUUUAUACAGAGUCUGCAGCUGAGCGAUUGGACUGCGGUGCACCAAACAACUGCGGCAAACAAGGCGCUUAUUUCCGCCUACCAUGGAGCGCUCUUCACGGAGUCAGCCUCGGAAUAAUAAAUGUCACUUUCAAACACAAACACGCAACUUAAAUGCAUGCUCUUUCUCUCUCUCUCGGUCUCUGUCUCUGCUGAGCGCUUUGUCUUCGGCGACCUGUGCAAUUUGUUUUUUUUUGGAGCGCCGCUUUAUACCGCACACUCUGAUCAAAAGUAGUAAAGGGUAUUUUAAUUUGUUAUUAAAAGGGAAACCUUCAACUCUGUAUUUAACAAUAUUGUUCAAUCGGCGGUGGCGCUUACCUGUUUUCACAGGACAGCCAAGUAAUAUAUUCUACUGAGGCAAACUUAAUAUAAAAAAUAACGUAAUUUUCUUGGAUUCUUAAAUCAUCUUUAGUUUAGUCAACUUUUUGCCAAAUGUUGGUGUAGUAUUUUAUAUAAUUUCAUAUUUUUUCUUUAUCUUUCAACAACUUUAAGGUAUCGAAAUUGAGUUUGUUCCCCAAACGAAUUAAGAAACGGCAGCGUCUAUCCCACAAUGUAUGCUCUUCUUAUAUGCUUUUGAUUUCGACUUGUUCGUCGUCGAAAUAAAUAUUUCGAUUUCACAAAUUGUAAUAAUAAUAUGCUUAAGGAUUUUACGUUCUACGUUUAUUUCAUUUAGUAUUUGAUAGAAAUCAGUUUGUCCGUUGAAAUGAACUCGUUAUUUGUGAGAAUUAUUUGAGCUUUUCUUAUCCGUCUAUCCGUUACAAUAAACUUGUCAAUCUCAAGAACUAUAAAAUCUAGUAUCAGCAAAUUUGUUAACAAUAUUCUUUAGAGUUCAAGGCUUUUACUUAACUUUCAGUCAGACCUACUAACGCUGAUAUAAGUAGCUUAUUUUUAAAUAAUCUUGUCCGUCUGUCAGUUUAAAUAAACACUUCAAUCUCA